UAUGCUCCUCAGCCUCUCCACCUCCUCCUUCAGCUCAACCUCAAGGCUGAGUAAGUCAUUUAGCUGCUCGUAUCUGACACAAGUGCUGACUCCAUCACUCAGCACUGCAAAGGCCAGGCUCUGGCACUCACUACAGCCACGGACCAGCACACAAGCAUCUUCGUGCAGUUUGCUUACACGUGAUUUCUGAUUCGGCCUCCACGCUGCCCCUUUUGUUUCUUUUCAAUACUUACUCAUCUUGCUUGGCUCCUCCCAAAUAAGCAAUUCCCCUCCCCAGUUAACUUUCCCCCAUUGCUCCCGGGUGUUGCCGCAUCGGAGCACAGAGCGGUGCUGUGUGCUGAGGGCAUCGUGUGCUUCGGGGCCACGGCUGAGUUUCCUCGGCGCUGCUGCCCCGCUCCAUUCCUGUCUCCAUAAGGACCCCCGUCCCCCCAUCAGACACGCGUGGAGCCAUUCCCCGGUCCCACCGCUCCCCUCUACCUCCCGGAGAACACCGCUGAGGGGCACUGAGUCCCCGCAGGAGGCAAACUGCCCUCUGAGGCAUCCUGUGCAGCCUAAGCAGGUCUGGGGCACCGCCUUCGGGACAGGAUGCGAAACCGCAGCGAGGUGGGUUGGAGAGCCGCUCCUGGGGCGCGUGAUGCCUCGAGGGCCUUCGGAGCGGCCGUUUGUCUUCGGGCCGGAGGCUGAAACGCGUGCUGCUGCCGUUCCCAAAGCCGGGCCGCACACUCAGCUGCGCGGCUCCGCAUCCGUCCGUCCGAGCCGUAGGGCGCUGCUACGGCAGAAGGCAGCCGGGGGUCCCUUCCGGCUCCUGCCCGCACCCCCCCGCGCAGCCCCACGCGGUGGCACAGCCCUCGGAACCGACGGUUCUGUGACAUCGGCGCCGCGGACAACGGGCACACGGCGCGUCGGGGGCGACGAAGCCGGGCGCGAUGGGCUGCCGUGCGCCUCCGGGAGCGAUGGCGCUGCUGCUGCCCCUCGCGGUGCUGCUGGCCGCCUGCCGGCCCGGGCACGGCUUCUCCGGCGGCUGCGACACCUGCGGGCUCCGGCCCGUGGCUUAUCACUAUGGUGGGAUGCGCGUCGUGGGCGGCACGGAAGCCCUGCACGGGUCCUGGCCGUGGAUCGUCAGCAUCCAGAACCCCCGGUUUGCGGGCACGGGACACAUGUGCGGAGGAUCCCUCAUCACCCCGCAGUGGGUGCUCUCGGCAGCGCACUGCUUCGGCCGCCCCAACUACAUCCUGCAGUCGCGCGUGGUGAUCGGUGCCAACGAUCUGACUCAGCUGGGCCAGGAGGUGGAGGUGCGCAGCAUCAGGAGGGCGAUACUUCACGAGUACUUUAACAACAAGACGAUGAUCAACGACAUCGCGCUGCUCGAGUUGGAUCGACCCGUCCACUGCAGCUACUACAUCCAGCUGGCCUGCGUGCCCGACCCCUCGCUGCGAGUGUCAGAGCUCACAGACUGCUACGUCAGUGGCUGGGGACACAUGGGGAUGAGAUCUGCAGCGCCCACCCAAACCGCCGAGGUCCUGCAGGAGGCCAAGGUCCACCUCCUCGACCUCAACCUCUGCAACAGCAGCCACUGGUACGACGGGGUGCUCCACAGCCACAACCUGUGUGCUGGUUACCCGCAGGGCGGCAUCGACACCUGCCAGGGCGAUAGCGGCGGCCCUCUGAUGUGCAGAGACAGCAGCGCUGACUAUUUCUGGCUGGUUGGUGUGACCAGCUGGGGGAGAGGCUGCGGCAGGGCGUUUCGCCCUGGGAUCUACACCUCCACUCAGCACUUCUACAACUGGAUCCUGCUGCAGAUGAGAGCAGCAGCCCAUCCGACGUCGCGGACAUGGAGUCAUUACAUGAGCACCUCGUCCUACCACCACGGGCCAAACGCGGUGCCAACACAACCGAGCGUGUCGGACUCCUGUCCAUUUCCAGCCCAGAAACUCAGGGAAUUCUUUACUGGGGUGCAGAACCUCCUGCAGAGCCUGGGGAAGCAAGGCUUAAUCAGCUGCACGGCGCAGAGCAGCCUGCAGUGCACCACCACCCCUUUCUUUGGGAUAAUGCCCAAUGGCAGCCCAUCUCUGUCCCACCCGCCCUCCUCCGACUGCACACAAACGCUGAAGUUUACUCAGCUGGACAAAUAAAGCUUAUUUUCACAGCUA